UCGAUUUGGAAACAAGUGUCCAGGAGGAUAAUGUGGCCACUUCUUCCCCCAAGACAGUGGAGAUAAGCGCUGUUGCGGAUGCCAACGGGAAGAAUCUUGGGAAGGAGGCCAAACCCCAGACACCAGCUGCUAAAUCUCGUUUUUUCUUGACACUCUCUCGGCCUGUACCAGGACGUACCGGAGACCAAGCCACGGAUUCAUCCACUGGACCAGUGAAGCUUGAUGUCAGCUCCGAUAAAGCUCUAGGGAACAAAGACCCGAGUGAGCCCAUGGCACUUCCGGUAGCAGCUGCACUGGGGUGCGACCCGGAUAAAACCCCCGUGCAGACCCCGGCCCAAGCCGAGGGCCUCUCUGCCACUUGGGGACCAGAGUCUCAUCUUUCUGAGUCUGGGGGGGCAGCCGCCUCCAAGCCCAAGGACUCCAGCUUCUUUGACAGACUCUUCAAACUGGACAAGGGACGGAACAAGGCCCUCGUGGACCACCAACAGGAAGCCAAGCGUGCAGAGCAUCGCGACCCCACCGCCGAAACUCCUGGAUUCUCCACGCAGUCGGACGAUGUCCCUGCAGAGAGGAACCAGCAGCACAUUGCGGCGCAGUGCUCGCCAGUGUUUCUGCGGGCAGAAACAUCUGUUGGAAGAACAGCAACAGCCGUGGCAUCUGUUUCACGUAAAAGAAAAGAGGAG